CGUGCCGUUUGGAGGUCGAGUCGAGGGGGCGACGUCUGUGCGGCUGACCGCUGUCUAUUAUAUUUUGCAGGAUUUGUGUCAAGGGCCACUCCAGAAGAUCCAUCACUUGUGGAAUACCUGCCCAUUAAGCUACAAUGGUGAAAAAGAAGCGCUUACGUCCCAUAGCUGAGUUUGCCCGUAAGGUGAGGGCAUAUCGAGAGCUCAAGUCCCAGCCGACGGUGUCCCAGAAAUAUGGUCUGGACUAUGAGACAAUGAUACGACCAUACACAGGAAAGAGACUACCGGUGCUGGCCUGGCAAGAUGUGCGUAAGGAGAACCACCUCUUCUCCCUUUUGGCAGGCAUGAGGCUCUUUGGAGUAGGUCGCCUCUUCACUCGCAAAUCUUGGCUGUUCGACCACACUGAACCCAGCUACUGGCAAAUAACCAAAGUUAAGGUGGACUACACAGCGGAGAAUAUGAACUAUGGCAGAGCAUGGGGACUCCUUACCCAUAAAGGGAAGCAGGAGACUGAGGUAAAGGAGGUGGACCGAGUCAUGUACCAUGACUGGCGCCUAGUGCCCAAACAUGAGGAACACAAGUUCAAGAACUUUGAGCCACUUCCAGAGCCGCCUGUACGCUAUGUCUUCUACCCUCCCCUGCUCCGGGCCAUGAUCCUAGCCCAGUUUCGGAAAGAAGGCCGCUUGGGAGCCGAGGAGCCAACUUUGCCAUUAGAGAGGGAUGUGGUGCUCAACAAAGACUAUUUCCGCAUGCAGGAACAGGAGAAGCAGAGGAAAGAGGGGACUGCUGUGUGAUAGUACUGAAGUCAGUGAGUCACCAGUGGUUAAGUUAUGGACCAUGUUAAUGUUGACAGAAGGAAGCAUAGGUGUUUCCUCUACCUAAUCUCCCUCACUAUCCAGCUAAAAAAUGAUGGACUUAAGUGACUUCUCUGCUGUCAUCAUUUAAAGCAGGACCCAUAUUGUUAAAUGUAACUGUGCUGCUGUAAAUAUUAAAAUUGAAACAAUAUG